UAAAAUGUGUCCCUUUCGCAACAGUUGGUCACCCGUGGGUAGAGGGAGCGCACGGAUGCUGGGGACCAGCGUUAAUGCCGCGGGCAGUAAUAACAGGCGCUUCUCAGCCAAAGCAUGUGCAGCUACUGCAUUUUUCUCGGCUGUGGCGACUGACUGGGCUGGACGCGCUUUUGCGUUUUACGCUUUAAGUAACGCUAGUUCGCGGCAACCAUGUUUGGGAAACACGCCGAACACAUGAAAGUGGUUCGUGUCGGCAAAGUAUGGAGAUGAAUCAGAAGGAAAUAUUUUUCCCGUCGCCUCAUCUGUUGCACAACAAGAAGGGGAAACCCGUCCGGAAGAAAAUGGUUAAGCGUAACUGCGUCUUUUCAAGACUGCAAACGUCUUGGCUUUUUGCUUAAUGAAUGCGGACUAUUCGGCUGCUCUUCUUCGGCCGGAUCCGCCGCCCAGGGGACUCCCAGCUUCCCUGCUACUUCUACUCUUCGCUCCCCGCUGUGCGUAUGCGGUGGAAUCAAUAUGAAAUAAGUAUUUUUCCUUGAAAAAUAACACAAUAAAAUAUCUAUUCAUACACGAAAAAUCAAGAAAGGAGCGGUAAGUUUCAUUGUUCAUGUGCAUGCGCGCAGGCGAGCGAACUUCACUGUGUUUUAUACCUGCAUGUCAGUCUGUACACAUAUAAACACCUGUUUAUUUGGAUACUUAUACCAACCUUGCCCUGUGGCGACGACGUGUUGCAAAAGGAAGCGUUUGGAAAUAGUAUUACUAUACAUUUAUAAUUUUGACAUAUAGGCUCCAUCCAUUAAUAUCCAGUUGCUGAGGAUAAGUUUGAUAUAUAUAUAUUUAAUUAAGGGUAAUCCCUACGCGAAUCACCGAUUACAUGUCAAAUGGUCCUUCUCGAAACCGAAUAAAAGUUGAAUAUAAUAAAAGUAUCGGUGUUGUAGAUGUACUUUAAAUAGUUUAAUGUGUUAUUUCUGCAGCGUGCUGCCGGCUCAGGUUCAUGAUCCUGCUUCAUUUCGGUACCAACGUCGUAUUCCGCCAAACCGGCUCGUUUUCCAGCGAAGAGCAAAUUUAGACGACAACCCGCAUUAUUUACCAUAAAUCAUGUCUCCUGAAAAAAAAUUAUGCCUGGAAAGACAGCCAGCAAUAUCGAAAGAGUCCCGUGUUUUCCGCUGGGAUCAGGCAGUUAAUAAGCAGUGUUAAGUGUUUUAUAUGUGUAUAAUAUAAUGUAAGGCAUGGAGACGCACGUUUUGCUGUGAAGUGCCUUUGAUUUCGGAGCACAGGGGUUGCGAACCACUCUCCCCAUGGGCGAUGUUAGCUUUCAUCCUGGGCGCUGUUGUAAAGUCGGCGACCGUAUGUAUCCAAUCGCUUAGCCCGUGCUAAUGAACUUAUUUAUCUAAUAAACAUUUCAGGAUGCCCGUUUGCUGAGGAGUGUGUCUUAACCCCCUGUGCAUGUGUGUGUGUGUGGGCCAGCGUUUAGCGCUUUUGCGUCUUUUGCUCGGCUGUUGCCCCCGAUGGGUCGCCGAGUGAGGAUCUGGACAUCUCCUGACGGCAAACGGUCCCAGUGGCAUGGUCCUGCCUUAUUUGGAGUAAGGACACUGUUUAUACCGCAAUUUUUUUGGCACAGGAGGGUGAUCUGCGUUCGCUCAACAUUAAAUCAAGCCGGCAGACGAGGUAAACGGAGAUGCAGACUUAAGCUGGAGACGUGGUGUUUGUGAAUUGAUAUUUCCUGGCGCUUCUUGUGUGCAUAACAGGGGGAUGGGGGCACAACAUUUUCCCAAGUAGCAGUCAAAUGGCCAUUUCGUUGAAAUAAGAUUUUAAGUGAUAGAUUAAGCAAUGUGGGACUCUGCUAAACAGUCAGAAUGUUUUGUGUAUGUGUGUAGCUAAUAUUUUAUACACAAUAAGUUUUAUAACCGUCUCAGUCAUUAAUUCUCAGUCUGAUUGUUCUACAUUAGAAAAUGUAUAUUAUCCUCUAGUCAACUAUGUCUGUCCCACUCGAACGUCUGUUUGAAUUACAAAGAACAUGGCAGCGUAUAAUCUAAUGCUACAGUUCAGUAUGUAUACUGGGAAACCAUCAAUUCUUGGAGGUUUAAAACAUUACUACAGGAAAGAUGUGAAAUCGUUUCUCUAUGUUAACUUUGGGGGUUAGGUGAUUAUUUGAUGAAAAUGGAAGUAAAAGGAGUCGCUUAUCACAAAGAAGCUCAUAUUACUGAAAUUUCCAUCUGUCUUUUGUAGCUGCUUAUUAAGAAUAGGGUCAUGGUAUUGACCAGGGGCUGAUCCCAGGAGGCCCUCGGGAAGCCCUAGAUGUGAGGACAUGGCUUGGGAUUUCCUUUGUGCAUUUUCACCAAAUUUCUGCUGAUGCUUACAUGCCUGAGGACCCCGGCUGUAAGUUUGUUAGGACAGUGUGCGUUUGUAAGAAACAUCACUUUUACCUUUGUCCAGAAAAGAGCCACUUAUCACACACAUUAGCUGGUUGCAGAAUCUUGUAAUCACUACUUUAGUGGUGUGUGUGUGUGUGUGUGUUAAACAAGUAAUACCAUACACUCUCAGAAAAAAGGGUAAAGAUUUGUACCUUUGCUUGUCAUUGCGGCUUUACCCUCAAGGGUCUGCCAGUUGUACCCUUAGCUGCAGGUUACUAUACCUACAGAGUACGUUUUACACUUUUCAGAAUACAUUUAUGUACUCUGGUACAUAAAUGCUGUUUGUACCUUUUGGUUAUUCAGAGUCCAUAUCUGUACCUUAAAAGGUACAAUUAUGGUACGUCUCCAGUGACAAGAAAAAGUCCACAUUUCUACCCUUUUUUCUGAGUGUACAACCCUGCAUGUAUUGCAUGACUAUGUGGCCAAAAUGAGACAUAAGAACUUUUGCUUGCCUCUCCAGGCAAGAGUUUUUAAAAUGGGAUGUGAGUCUAUCUACUCCCAUGGGCCAUCAGCUUGGAGAGCAGGAAGGGAACCUCGCUCUUCAGUCAGAUGGUGUCCUAGCAGUUGAGGAGCUUGUCACUCAAAGGUCACAGGUGGAAAUGCCAUGAGGAGUCAGACGUACGUCUGUAGGGGGGACGUGGCCGUGUGCAUGUAGCCAGGAUUGUUUCAGGUAGGUGCUAUGAGGCGGUGUGAGGCUCAGUGAGGUAGGACCUUGUGCCUCUGUUCGGAAGGUUGUUGGUUUAUAUUCUUCUGGGGCUGGCAGACUGAUGCUGCCAUUGGGUCCCUGUGCUGUGACCCCCCCCCUACCUUGUAUGUGUGUCUAUAUGGCUCAUGAAGAACAAGAUGGGGUAGACAGAAAGAGCUUUUCCUUGGGGAUGUGUUAAGUAUCACUAGUCUGUUCUAUGAGCAGAGUAGAUUAUGGGUGUGGUUUUGGUGGGAGUUUAGGGUGGGACCAGAUGCAUGUUGCUGUCUGAUUGGCUGUUUGUAGCAUGACAUCACUGUCCUUCUGUCUCCCAAUCUCUGGCCUCUGUUGUGGAUUCCCAUCCCCUGUGUGCCCAGUGGCGUGCCAUGGCCUAGCAGCAUGGCGCAACUGUACUUCCGGCGGACGGAUAACUCCUCCUACAGGGACCGCAUCCCAUUGCGCAUUGUGCGGGCGGAGGCGGAGCUCUCGCCCCUGGAGAAGGCCUACCUGAGCGCGGUGGAGAAGGGCGACUACGCCAGCGUCAAGCAGGCCCUGGAGGAGGCCGAGAUCUACUUCAAGAUCAACAUCAACUGCAUCGACCCGCUGGGCCGCACAGCGCUGCUCAUCGCCAUCGAGAACGAGAACCUGGAGAUCAUCGAGCUGCUGCUCAGCUUCAACGUCUACGUGGGGGACGCCCUGCUGCACGCCAUCCGCAAGGAGGUGGUGGGGGCCGUGGAGCUGCUGCUGAAUCACAAGAAGCCCAGCGGGGGCAUGCAGGUUCCUCCUGUCCUCCUGGAUAAGCAAUUCUCAGACUUCACACCUGACAUCACGCCCAUUAUCCUGGCAGCACAUACCAAUGACUACGAGAUCAUCAAGCUGCUGGUGCAGAAAGGCGUGUCGGUGCCUCAACCACACGAGGUGCGCUGCAACUGCGUGGAGUGCGUGUCCAGCUCCGAUGUGGACAGCCUGCGCCACUCCCGCUCCCGCCUCAACAUAUACCGAGCGCUGGCCAGCCCCUCACUCAUCGCCCUGUCCAGCGAGGACCCCUUCCUCACUGCCUUCCAGCUCAGCUGGGAGCUGCAGGAGCUCAGCAAAGUGGAGAACGAGUUCAAGCAGGAGUACGAGGAGCUGUCGCAGCAGUGCAAGCGCUUCGCUAAAGACCUUCUGGACCAGACGCGUAGCUCUCGUGAGCUGGAGCUGAUCCUCAACUUCCGCGAUGACGCCAAUCUGCUGGACGAGGAGAACACCAACGACCUGGCCCGCCUGAAACUGGCUAUCAAGUAUCACCAGAAGGAGUUUGUGGCUCAACCCAACUGUCAGCAACUGCUUGCUUCGCGGUGGUACGACGAGUUUCCUGGCUGGAGACGCCGGCACUGGGGGGGGAAGUUCCUCACUUGUGUCUUCAUCGGCCUCCUCUUUCCACUCUUCUCCCUCUUCUACCUGAUUGCCCCCAAGAGCCGCUACGGUCUUUUCAUCCGCAAGCCCUUCAUCAAGUUCAUCUGCCAUACAGCCUCCUACCUGACCUUCCUCUUCCUCCUCCUGCUGGCCUCCCAGCACAUUGUGUCCACAGAGCCCAACCGGCAGGGGCCGGCGCCCACCGCCGUAGAAUGGAUGAUCUUGCCCUGGGUCCUAGGUUUUAUCUGGACGGAGAUUAAACAGAUGUGGGACGGCGGGCUCCAGGACUACAUCCACGACUGGUGGAACCUCAUGGACUUUGUCAUGAACUCUCUCUACCUGGCAACCAUCUCCCUGAAGAUUGUAGCAUUCAUGAAGUACAGCGGCUGCAAGCCCAGGGACAACUGGGAGAUGUGGCACCCCACGCUGGUGGCGGAGGCCGUGUUCGCCAUCGCUAACAUCUUCAGCUCUCUGCGACUCAUCUCGCUCUUCACGGCCAACUCGCACCUGGGCCCGCUGCAGAUCUCGCUGGGCCGCAUGCUGCUUGACAUCCUCAAGUUCCUCUUCAUCUACUGCCUGGUGCUGCUGGCCUUCGCCAACGGCCUCAAUCAGCUCUACUUCUACUACGAGACACAGGGCAGUGACGACCCCAGACCCUGCAAGGGCAUCCGCUGCGAAAAGCAGAACAACGCCUUCUCAACGUUGUUUGAGACGCUGCAGUCUCUCUUUUGGUCGGUGUUCGGCUUGAUCAGCCUCUAUGUGACCAACGUCGGGCCCGACCACAAGUUCACCGAGUUUGUCGGCGCCACAAUGUUCGGCACCUACAACAUCAUCUCUCUUGUGGUUCUCCUCAACAUGCUGAUAGCUAUGAUGAACAACUCGUACCAGCACAUUGCUGAUCAUGCAGACAUCGAAUGGAAAUUUGCAAGAACGAAGCUGUGGAUGAGUUACUUUGAAGAAGGAGGCACGUUGCCAUCUCCUUUUAAUAUCAUCCCCAGCCCGAAGUCCGUGUGGUACCUCAUCAAGUGGAUAAAGAAGCACGUCUUCAAACGGACUAAGUCAAAAAGACCCGAAACCAUCGGAACCCUCGGGAGACGUGCUGCUGAGAACCUCAGAUUAAACCACCAGUACCAGGAGGUGCUGAGGAACCUAGUGAAGAGGUAUGUGGCGGCCAUGAUCAGAGAUGCCAAGACGGAGGAGGGGCUGACUGAGGAGAACUUCAAGGAACUGAAGCAAGACAUUUCCAGCUUUCGCUAUGAGGUUCUGGGCAUGAUGAAAGGCCACGGGUCUAAGGGGAGUACCACCGCCUCAAGUCUCGCCUACCCUGAUCACUCCCUCAAAUACACACCAGCGCCCUCUGGGGGCCAGCAGAAGAAUAAGCUCAACCUGUUUGACGUCACCAACAUGCUGAAGCAGAACCCAGCUGGCUCCAGGUCACCGGAAGCCUUCAACGGUUUGGCCAAUGGGUCUCUCCUCCUUCCUGCUGAGGCCCCCUCAACGUCCACCUCUACUGCCCUACACAGGAAAGACUUCCCCAAGAAUAUUUCUGACUUCAGUCUGUAUCAGAGGCGCCGCCGGGGUGGAAAUUUAGGACAUACCCCCAGCAAGAUCUACUCCGUCUCUGAGGAGGUGGACGAAUUGGACCCGGAGCAGCACAGCAGGAAGCAGGCAGAGCAUUCGGGGCCAGUAGCUGGAAAGGAGUUACUGGGGGAAGUGUCCAGGUACCAGGGUGAGAAGGAGGGGGAGGGUAAUCAUGAAGAGGAUGAGUAUGAGAAAAGUAAAGAUGAAGAAGAGGAGAAUAGGGAAGAGGACUUGGGAGUAAAAGAACAUUUGGAGGAGAGGUUCCUCCAGAAAGAGGUCAGGGAGGAUGACAAUGACUCAACUUUGUCAAGAGAGACGUAGCUUUGUCUGUGCACCAGAUGAAGCUUAAAUGUGCCUGAGAGACAAUCAAACGUGGUGUGUGAAGGAGGUGGUGCCCAUUGGGGUGGAAUAGGGUUCAGGGCGCGUGUUUCAGACAAAGACCUGAGAAACACCACCUCCUAGCAAGGCAGGGGUGCCUCAUUCAUGAAGGGGGCAAGUUGUAACCAAACGGCUACUUGCUCCCUCUGGGACGUCCCUGACACAGACUCACCUGAUGGUGAGCAGACCGACUACCUGAACCAUCCCCCUCGCGCUCCUCUCCGCGGACAUGACUGUCUCCCCAUUCACCGAUGAAAGAAUCCACUAGAACAGAGCAGAUGUUCCUGUGUUUUCAGGUGCUGCUGUUUCAUGUAUUUAUUUAUUUGUUUGCAUGAAUAUUUAUAUGAAUCAGCACACAAAGCAUCGCAUUGUCACCUAAAAACAAAAAAAUGAUUUACGUUGCACUUUGGGGACAGUUGGACAUUUCAUUUUAAUUUUUUUUUAUUUUGUUUUUUAUGGAGCGAGAAGGACAUACCAUGGUAAUUCUUUUUUCAUAGCCCCCAGCUUGUCUAGUGCCUGUGACAUCCACAGAGCCCGUACUCCGCCUUACUCAGUUAGCUUUAGCACUUUACACCGGGUGUCGUUCAGAGGAUCGGACAGACUUCUUAAGACAGAGUAUCUUUAAUUUGACGCUUUCUAUGCAAAAUAAAAACUGAACACCUGGCCGACUUCUAUCCCUCUCAUUCGCACUUUGUAUCACAUGAUGAGGGGUGUGUCUCGAUUUCAGCAUGAAAGAACCAGACGUGCUAAACCACCACCUAUCCUUGUACCAGGGGCACAAAACGUGUUCCUUUCCUCAGUGCUGUUGAAGUUACAUACCCCGACAUGUAUUCCAAGCACAGUUACUUAGCAGUCCAACAAUAUGCUCUUUUCAGAUUCUCAUUAAACCAUAUUGCAAUUGUGUACUAUAUGAGUCAUGUAUUGGGUGAUAAAAUAUAUGUAUCUGAUAUUGAUUAUAGGUAUAUCUUUUUAAAUUUAAGUUCUACUUUUAAAAGUACCAUUUAAUCUGUUAUCGAUAACUAAAUAAAUACGCUUAUUUAUUGUUAAA